UUAUUCUUCAAAAAUACCCCCCCUCUCCCCCACCUUUUUACAUUAUUUAUUUAGCUUAUUUUCACCCCCCAAAAUAACCACAAUACUAAAAACAUUAUUUCCAUCAAAACAAAAAGAGCAGCAGAAUAUCCUCUACCCAUCAGUCAUUCAUCGAUUAUACUUCCCCUCCAAUUUUGGUGAAGAGUUUGGGGGAGAGAAUGUUUUUAGUAGUUAAUUCAUCUUCCUUCCUCUUUAUUAUUUUAACGGAGGGUUUGUUUAUAUUGAAAAUGAAUCAUUCGAGAAUUGAAAAAUUUUUUUUAGUAUUUUCUCUUCACGAUUUUUAAUUUUGUUUUAAAAAGUUGCGCAUUCUUUUGAUUAUAUCGAAAAUCAUUUCUCUUUUACCUUAUAAAUUUUCUAAUUUUCCAUACUCAUUUUCAGUCCUCACAGACCAGUCCGACACGUUUUUCCUUGGAUAUUCCUAUCAAUCUUCCAAAUACCCUUCUAAUCACUAGAUAUCGGUAUUUUUCGAAAAUCCUGGAUCUGGCUUCUGGAGGGUUUAGGUUAGUAAUCUGGACAGGAUCCUUGAUCUGGAUCCUGGAAAAUCCAUACUGGAUCCAGAUCCAAACUGAUCUCUCCUAAUCACUAAUCCCUCUAUAUCCCUCCCUGAACCGAGGUUACACUAGAGGGAAGGAACUGCUCCGUAAUUAGUUGGUACUCACUACACUCCGUUGACCCCAGCCGGUUUUAAAAAAUUCGUUUAGGCACGGCAUUUUUUUGUUUAUUUAAAUUUAUUUUUUCAAUUUUCAGUUAAUUUUUUGUAUAAAAAUUUAAAUGACUUCAACUUCUUCCUUUGCCGUUGAUAUUUGUAAAUUACCGGAAGUGGUUAGAGAAAAAUUGGCUCAACUUGAUUUGGAAUUAACUGAAGGCGAUAUAACAGAGAAGGGCUAUGAAAAGAAGAGACAACAAUUAAUUGAACCUUUUUUAAAGAAGACGGUGAAAAAAGAAUCUAAUAAGAAAGACGAUAAAGUUCAAAAGCAGAGACGCCGGACAACUCGAACAGAGACGCGUUACCAUUCGGAAAUCCGUCAAGAAGCAGUCCAACAAGCCUUAUCUAAUUUGGAAAAUAAAAACAACAAAAAAGAGGAACAGCAACAAAACAACAACAAAAAUAAUUUUUUAAUUUUGCCAACACAACAACAAAAUUCCAAAACUGGCUCAUUUAUUUCAUUUCGACAAAGAAUUGGUUCUAGAAAUUCAAGGAAAAUGCAAGGAGCACAGACUAGUGACAGCAGUUCAAAUGACGAAGACGAUCAAAUGGAAGAAGGAGGGAAUUGCAGCACAUUUGAUAGUGGGACUGGUGACAGUGCUAAAAACAACAACAGCAAAAAAAUUUGUCGCGACAAAAAAUUAAAGGAAGAAAAAACAAAAAUUGGCGAUGAUGGCGGGAAAGAAGGAGGAAGAAGAAGAAACGGAGAGGAAAAGGAAGAAAAAGAUCAAAUUGAUGGCAAAAUAUUAACAAAAAAUGUUUUAUUAAAUGAAGAAUCGUCUACAACUCAACAAAAAUAUAAUUUAAUAGAAGAAACAUCAGGAUAUAUUUCUAUGCUUCAAAUACAAAAUAAUAAUUUUGAACCAAAACCUGGACCUAGUCAACAACAACAACAAAUAUUAAAUGAACCAAAAAAUCAUUUAUCUUCUCCAAUUUCAUCAAAAAAUAAACAAAAAUUGUCUAAAAAAGAAGAAAAUGUUAAUAAUUUGUCAUCAAAAAAUUCCCCACUUCCUCCACUACCAAAAAAUUUGACAGAAUUUUCUGAAAAAAUAGAUAAUCAGCAUCAUCAUCAUUUACCUUUCCUUAGAAGAAGAAAUUUUAAUAAUGGAAGUAAUGGAAGAGGGAAAGAAAAUAAUAAUGUUAAAUUACAACAUAAACCUUCACAAAUUGCUAAUCGGACUUCUGUUUUACUUUUGGAAGAUCGCCCCUUGCCUCAAUUACCACAACAACAAUUUUCAACAAAUUCAGACGAUGAUGAAAUUGAAGAUGAAAAACAAGAAGAAUUAGAAGAAGAUUUGGUAGGCGAACCAGAACCCCCAGUUUAUGUAAAUUCUACAAACGAUUCUGGAUUGGGAGGGUGUUCUUCAAAUGCUCCAAAAGAUUAUGCAAAUACUUCUAAAACUCCAGUAAAAACAACGAGAAUAUCGGAAAAAAUCCAACAAGUUUUGCAUUCUCUUCAGAAACCAAAACAAAGGGAAUUGGAGGAAUAUUAUAAUGAUGAUGAUGCUGAAUUGGAAGUUAUGGCAAACAUUGUAGACGCAAAUGCCCCUCGCCCUUCAGGCCAAUUAAUUACACCUUGUAGAGCUGACUUUCCUGGCUGUGCAACACCCCCUCCGUUACCUCGUUCAAUUGAAACUGCACCUCAUAAAUGGGCAAAUACACAACCUAAAGCAAUAGCUGCUGUACAAUUAGAUGCAAAUAAUAAUUCUUCAAAACCUUCAAACAAUUUAACUUAUGCUAAACUUCUUAGCCGUGCCGUUAAAAUAGCUUAUACUUUACUAAAUAAAACUGUUGUUAUUCCUUCGACUUCUGGUAGUGGUGGAAAAGAACGUGUUCAUUUAUGCUUACCUGGAGAUCGUGUGGCCUUGGUUUAUCCAAAUAAUGAAGCUCCAGCAUUUCUUUGUGCCUUUUAUGGUUGCCUGUUGGCAGGUGUUGUUCCUGUACCUAUUGAAGUGCCUACAGCUAAACGGAGCGAUACUGCCGGGAUUCAACAAUUUGGAUUUUUGCUGGGAAGUUGUGGUGUUCGUGUAGCUUUAACAACAGAACGUUGUUUAAAAGGAUUGCCUCGAUCAUCAAAUCAACAAAAUAACAACAAUACCUCUCAAAACUUUUUGCCUUCUUCACCUUCUAGUAGUGCAAAUUCUACACUCUCCCCAACAACUACCCAACGCGAUCCUAGUCAAUCACCAGCACCAAAUCGACAACAACAAAAUUUGGGGGAUUUGGCUGAUUUUAAGUGCUGGCCAAGACUUCAUUGGGUAGUUACUGAACAUUUACCUAAACCAGCAAGGGAAUGGACGUUGCCUUCUUUAAUAGCAGAUGAAUCUAUUGCUUAUAUAGAAUAUAGUACAGACCGGGAAGGUUCUGUUCGAGGUGUUCAAGUUUCUCGUCAAUCAAUGUUAGCACAUGCAAGAUCCCUUUGUUUAGCUUUAAAUUACAAAGAAGGCCAAACAUUAAUUUGUGUGUUGGAUUUUAAAAGAGAAGCUGGACUUUGGCAUUCUUGUAUAGCUGCAAUAUAUGCUGGAAUGCGUGUUAUAUUUGUUCCAUAUUCUUUGUUGAAAAUUAAUCCUACAUGUUGGCUUUUACAAGCGACUCAACAAUCUGCUCAAUUUGCUUUAGUCAAAUCUCGUGAUUUACAUUGGUCUUUACUAGCUGUUCGUGAUCAUUCUCAAUUACAACUUGUCUCUCUUGAACGGAUUUUGGUCAGUGAUAGCGCCAACCCUUGGGCUCUUUCCUCUUGUGAUCAAUUUUGUGCCGUUUUCUCAAAGCGCGGUUUAUCCCCAACAGCAAUAUGUCCAUGUGCAGGUUCCUCUGAAGCUGGUACUGUUGCCUUAAGACAACCAUUUAGACAACAAGAAAAUGAACAACAAAAUAACGAAAAUGUUGUUAAUAAUGAGCAACAACCAAAAUGGGGAAGUGGUAGAGGAACUCUUUCAAUGUUGGCACUUAGCCAUUGUGUUGUUCGUCUAGAGCCAGAAAAUUCUAUUAAUUCUUUGGCAAUACAGGAUACAGGUCAAGUAAUUCCUGGAGGUAUGGCUGUUGUUGUAAAAUUAAACGGCCCUCCAAGCUUAUGCCGUUCUGAUGAAAUUGGAGAAAUUUGUUUACAUUCAACAUCAACUUCAAAUGGUUUUUACGGCCUAAAAGGACUUUCUUCAAAAAUAUUUGAUGUUUUACCUUUGGGAAUAGACGAUAAACCUAUUGGACCUUUACGUUAUGUCCGUUCUGGAUUAAUUGGUUUUUUGGGUCCAAAUGGAAUGAUUUUUGCUGUUGGUGCUAAACAAUCAUUGUUAUAUGUUUCUGGAAGAAUACACAAUUCUGAUGAUAUAAUAGCAACUGUACUUGCUGUUGAACCACAAAAAUUUAUUUAUAGAGGUAGAAUUGCUGUGUUCAAUAUUCGAGUACUUCGAGAUGAACGUAUUUGUAUUGUAGCUGAACAAAGACCUGAAGUAAAUGAAGAAGAUGCUUUUCCGUGGAUGGUUCGUGUUCUUCAAGCAAUUGAUUCUGUACAUAACCAGCUUGGCAUUUAUUGUAUUUGCUUAGUUCUUCCAAAUCAAUUACCAAAGACUCCUCUCGGUGGUAUUCAUGUUACUGAAACUAGACAACGAUUUAUUGAUGCUUGUUUACAUCCUACAACUUUAUUAAUGUGUCCUCAACAUUGUGUAUUAAAUCUUCCAAGGCCUAGAGAACCGCCUGCUGAUGUUGGUCCUGCCGCUAUGUUUGUAGGAAAUAUUGUACAGGGUGUAAGAAUAGCUGGAGCACAAGGAAUGGAAUUGCCAUCACCUAUAACUGAAGAGGAACAAUGUUGCCAUCUUAUUGAUAUUUUAAAACAACGAGCAAAGAAUACUCCUGAUCAUGUGCUAUAUUCUCUUUUGAAUUCACGUGGAAUUGAAACAGAAUCUCUAACUUGUGCUCAACUUUUAAAAAAAGCAGAACGUGUUGGUGCUUUAUUACUUGAGAAAGGAAGUUUGGCAAGUGGUGAUCAUGUUGCUAUUAUUUUCCCUCCAGGAAUUGAUUUAAUUGCGGCAGUUUUUGGUUGUUUUUGUGCUUCACUUGUGCCUGUAUGUAUUAGACCACCUUCUGCUCAAAAUUUACAAACUUCUAUGCUUACUAUAAGAAUGAUUGUACAAGUUAGUAAAGCUGUUGCAAUUCUUUCUAAUGGAUUAAUAAUUAAAUUAUUAAAAAGUAGAGAAUGCCCUCCACCUCCAAAUAAUCAUCAAAGAAGACGACAAUCACAACAACCAUCAACACAAUUCCAAGCUUCUUCGUCUUCUUCUUGGCCAAUAAUUUUUGAUAUUGAUGAUGCUCCUUCUUUAUCUUUUGCUAGAAAUAAAUUAUUAAAUAAAAGAAAAUUGUCUGCAGAAAGAAUUGAAGAGGAAAGAUCAUCGACAGCAGCAACAUCUACAUGUUAUUUGGAUUUUGUUGUAUCUACAACAGGACAACUUUCUGGUGUACAAAUGACUGUUUUAGCAGUAGCAAAUCAAUGUAGAAGUCUUAAAUUGGCAUGUGAACUUUACCCAUCAAGAAAUGUUACAUUGUGUCUUGAUCCUUGUUCAGGCGGUCUUUCAUUUACUCUUUGGUGUCUUUCAAGUGUUUAUUCCGGUCACCAAUCAACACUUAUUCCACCACAAGAAAUGGAACAAAAUCCUUUUUGUUGGUUACAAGCUUUAACACAAAGGAGGACACGUGAUACAUUUUGCUCACCAAAUAUGGUAGAAUUAUGUUGCUCAGAACUUGCACCACAACUUUGUCAACUUAUGGAGAAAGGAAUUAAUUUAUCCAGUCUUCGUAAUUGUAUAAUUAUUGCUGAAGAACGCCCACGUGUUUCUUUGUGUACUGCAUUUGUUAAAUUAUUUGCACCAUUGGGUUUAUCAUCUAGAUCAGUUAGUACAGCUUUUGGUUGUCGUGUAAAUCCAGCAAUUUGUAUGCAAAGUGCUUCUUGUCCUGAUCCAACAACAGUUUAUGUUGAUGCUAGAGCUUUAAGAAAUGAUCGUGUAACUUUGGUUGAAAAAGGUGCUCCACACAGUAUUUGUUUAAUGGAAAGUGGAAAGCUUCUACCUGGAGUUAAAGUUGCUAUUGCCAAUCCAAAAACACGUGGACAAUGUGCAGAUACACAUUUGGGCGAGAUUUGGGUAUCUAGUGGACACAAUGCAAAUGGAUUUACUUGUCUUUCUGGCGAAUUGCAACAAACUGACCAUUUCAAUGCUCGUUUAACUACCGGUGAUACAAAAACUUUAUGGGCACGAACUGGUUAUUUGGGAUUUUUGAGACAAACAAAAGCAAUUACUGCACAUGGAGAAUUACACGAUGCAUUAUUUGUUGUUGGCGCUUUAGAUGAAACAAUAUUAUUGCGUGGAAUGAGAUAUCAUCCUGUUGAUAUUGAAUUGUGUGUAUGUAAAGCUAAUCGUCAAAUAUGUGAAAGUGCCUCCUUCCUUUGGACAAAUUUACUCGUUAUUGCUGCAGAAACAACAUCGCCAGAAUCAGAUGCUUUAGAUUUAAUUCCAUCAAUAACUUCAGCAUUGUUGGAAGAACAACAUUUAAUUGCUGGAAUUGUUGUAUUAUUAGACCCUGGAACUAUUCCAAUUAACAGUAGAGGAGAAAAACAAAGAGCACAUUUGAGGGAAUUAUUUAUGCGUGAUCAAUUAGAUCCUAUUUAUGUGGCUUAUAACCUUUGA